CUUCCCUCCACUCAUUCGUUGUUCGACGCGUCGUUUCGCCGGCCGGCUUCCGACACAUUCGCCCGGGCACUCGCACCGCGUCCGCCGCUCGCAGCGUUCCUCACCGCGACACUCUACACCCGCAGACAUGACGGAGAGCACGGACACCCCCGCGGCGGCUGCGCCCGAGAAGACCCCGACCGAGAACGGAGCCACCGACUCGCCCCCCGAGGAGACCCCGGACAAGGCGGCGGCGGACGACAAGGAGACCGCGCCGCCGCCCAAGGAGAUGCGCGCCGUCGUGCUCACCGGCUUCGGCGGCCUCAAGACCGUCAAGAUCCUCAAGAAGCCCGAGCCCACCGUCGCCGAGGGGGAGGUGCUCAUCCGCGUCAAGGCCUGCGGGCUGAACUUCCAAGACCUGAUUGUGCGUCAGGGCGCCAUCGACUCGCCGCCCAAGACGCCCUUCAUCCUCGGCUUCGAGUGCGCCGGCGAGGUGGAGCAGGUCGGCGAGGGAGUCACCAACUUCAAGGUCGGCGACCAAGUGGUAGCCCUCCCCGAGUACAAGGCCUGGGCGGAGCUGGUGUCAGUGCCCGCUCAGUACGUGUACGCACUGCCCUCCAACAUGACUCCGCUGGACUCCGUGGCCGUGACCACCAACUACGUGGUGGCUUACUUGCUGCUGUUCGAGAUGGCCAACCUGGCCGCUGGGAAGAGUCUGCUGGUGCACUCGGCUGGAGGCGGCGUGGGCCAAGCCGUGGCGCAACUAGCCAAGACCGUGAAGGAUGUCACCGUGUUCGGAGUCUGCUCCAAGAGCAAGCACGAGGCUCUGAAGGCCAACAACAACAACAUCGACCAUCUGCUCGAGCGAGGCAGCGACUACACCAGCGAAGUGCGCAAGAUCAGCCCGGACGGCGUGGACAUCGUGCUGGACUGCCUGUGCGGCGAGGAGUGCAACCGCGGCUACCAGCUGCUCAAGCCCAUGGGACGGUACAUACUCUAUGGGUCGUCCAACAUCGUCACCGGAGAGACCAAGAGCUUCUUCAGUGCUGCGAGGGCUUGGUGGCAAGUGGACAAGGUGUCGCCCAUCAAGCUGUUCGACGAGAACAAGUCGCUGGCGGGGCUGAACCUGCGCCACCUGCUGUUCCAGCACGGGCGCGCCGAGUACGUGCGCCGUGCUGUGGAGGCGGUGUUCGCGCUGUGGGCCGAGGGGAAGGUCAAGCCGCUGGUGGACUCUACUUGGGCGCUUGAGGACGUGGCCGAGGCCAUGCAAAAGAUGCACGACCGCAAGAACAUCGGCAAGCUGGUGCUGGACCCGUCGCUGGAGCCGAAGCCGAAGCCAGCCACCCCGGCCAAGGAGAAGAAGUCCGGCAAGGACAAGAAACCAGCCAAAGAGAGCUCCGAGGAGAAGAAGGACAAAGAGGCCAAGGAGGAGAAGCCAGCAGAGAACGGAGAGAAGAACGGGGAGAAAGCCGGUGAGGAAGCGCUGACCAAUGGCAAUGGUAACAGCGACGAAGAGUCGAAGGAGAAGGAGAAAGAGUCGAGCUGAAUUGUUUAAUCAGAGGACUGGAGCAAACAAACCACCGCCAAUCGAUUUAUUUUAGAGUUGAAUGCUACUCGUUUACCCGAAGGACUAUAUUGUUUUGCGUCUCGGCGCCGCAGUUACGACUUUGUUGCCUGAAGUAGCUACCACAUUGCUCCACCACCGCCCUCGCCCGGGCACUGGUCGAGCAAUGUCGUAACCAAUAUGUUUAGUUUUAAAUAACAACAUCCGAGUAACAUCACAAUUAUUUUUUUGUUACAAUUUGAAUUCUCAAUAAAAAAAUAUAUAAAUUAUGAUGGAUUAGAUAUGCGACAGCGAAAUUUUAAACAAUGAAUUGUAUUUUUUAUUCCGUUCUUUAAUUAUUAUAAUUUGGCCUAAGUUAGGUAUUGUUUCGAAACUUACAAUCUCUUUUUAGUUUAAUGUUUAAGACUUUAUUUUUAAGAUGAGAUAUUUUAAUCUGCAGUUAUUUUGGAUGGCUAUUAAAGAUCUAAGGUGCAGAGAUGCUUAAUCUUUAUGUAUGUUAAGCUUUAAUAUUUUAUUAGUAAAUGUUGAAAUUGGCCCAUGUCUCGCCCUACGCCCGCGGGCCGCAUCUUCUCUCUCGCUCUAACACUCUCACAGGACAAGGACGGAACGAAUGGAAAUUUGACGUGUGAUAUUUUUUGUAGUGCGCUAGGUGCGGUAUUUUUGCUGCCUUUACAUGACCUUUUAGUUUGGAGCUUCAAAACGCAUUUAUGUAAACUCAUUUUAUAUUUUUAUACUUAAAAAUUUUGUAAAUCAUUUCCUAGUUUAUAAAAGAGUUCACUGAAUUUAUUUUAAUGCACCUACAACAUAGUGUGGUAAAGAAAUGAUUGUCCUACUCGGCUCAACGCUUUCCAUUCGAGGACCUAAAACACAGAAUGAGCUUAUAUCAAAAAUGUGAAGUAUUUUUCUGGCUAUGUGUAAGUUCAUACGAUAAAACUGCAACUUGUGUCAUCUACAAUUUAAGUCAUAUUUUUAUAUAGUACGGACUUUCGAGAUCUCUUAUCUAUAAAAGCUUUUUACGUAUCUUUAUAAACACAAAUAUCACAUAUCUAACCGUACAUACACUUUCACACAAUGUAUAUUAGGAGUAAUAUUUUGAUAACAAUAUUAAUGUCACUUGCAUUUCAUUUUGUACUACAUAUUUAACUACCCCCUAAUUGUUUAAGGUUGUAAGUAAUUUUUACCGCCAUAAUGUACAGUGUGGUCCUAGCUAUAUUUAUGUACCCAGUACUACUUAAUGUUCUCUGUAACACAUAUCAUGUGGAUGUUCUAUGUAUCGCUGCGAGGCUGCAGGCCGGACACUCCGACUUGCAACAAAGUUCCAGAAACUUCUGCUCAAAAAUAUUUUAAACCAGAAGAUGAAAGCACCGCGCUUACAAAACUACACUCGCAACGUAAAGAACUGAGAAACCGAUCACUUAGAGGUUUUUUGAUAAUUAUCUAUUUAGUAGUUUUAGUUCGGGUGUAUUUUUGUUGUGCGCGCGGCGUCACGUCCGCCCACAACCGCGGGCGACUGUCGACUGACAACUAGAUAGCUUUUGUAAUAUCCAAUAUUUUAUAAAAUAAUCACGGCAACCCGUGAAGCUUGGUUGAGUAUCGUACGGUGGCUUGGUGCUAGUUUCGUAUUGUACGCGGAAAUUCGCUUCAGUGUCUCGGACCAAUAACUUUACAGCUACUUCUUGAAUCUUCGUCGCUUUGAGUGUCAAAAUAUGUGCGAAUUUCUUAUAAUUGUAAAACUAUAUAAACUCUUGUGUAUAUCAACCUGUAUAAUGGUUUAGAAUUAUAAUUGAAUUUUCUUGUAAGAGUAACUGAUGGAAUUCAAUAGUAAGUUAGUGAGUUGGGGUGAUGGCGAAGUGGACAGGCAAGUGCACUGGACAGUCAAGUGGCUAGUGCAACGCGAGUGGCCGCGUGUAAGGAACCUCCGCCGUCGCCUCAACGCUACAUCUGGGUCGUUAUUACACAUUUAUUUUUAUAAGGGCGGGCCAGUGUGAUAUCUAUACUAUGAAAUGGAUAAAUAAAUAUGUAUGAUCUGUAAAAAUGCUUA